AUGGUUGCCGUAUGUUGCUACUUUUCCAAGUUGUCUGCUAAGCCAGCUAUGCGUUUUGGCAGAGCCCCAAUGUCCACUUUCAUUAGCUACUUGCCUAACUUGGCGCUUUGGGGCGGUGCGUACGUUGCCGGCCUAGCUGUUUUUACCGAGGCAUGGCCCACCUUUCAGGACGCCUUCUACAAGAAGCUUCCAGUGAUGGGCAGUCAUUGGCAAAAGACCAUUCCCCCAGAGGACUCUCCUAUCUAA